AUGAUAGACGAAGAAUUGUCAUAUUUUAUCGAUGAAAACGAAGAAGAUUAUGAUGAAGAUUCAUCAUCAUGGAAUUAUGAUGAUUGGUUAGCAUCUGGUAUUGAAACAUCAGCUGAUUUUAAUCAAUUUUUUGAUAAUGAUCUUGUACGACUUACUUCUCUUUCUCCACCAAAUUCUACAAUACCUCUUGACAGUUUAUCAUCAUCGAAUUCUCUUCCAUCUGAUUCUUCAUCAUCUUCAUUGAUCUAUUCAUUUAUUGAUCUAGCAGAUAAUUGUAUUUCACCAGCUUUAUCACAAUUAGUUAAUCAAUUAUAUUGGAUUAUAUUAUUUUGUUGUUUAUUUCGUCUCUUGUGUCUAUCAAAAUUAUUUUCAUCUCAAAAACUUCAUUAUAUUCAAGUAUGUUCGAGUAUAUUUAUACUCUUUAAUUAUUUUCAUUUUCAAUCAAUAUAUCUCUUAACAUAUAUAAUUAUGGGAUAUUUAUCAUUUCAAGUGUGUUUAAAUAAAUGUCGAAAUUAUUUAACAUAUAUUAUUGUUUGUUUUUCAAUUAUAUAUGUACUUGCAUGUGAAUUUAUUUUAAUUGAACAAGAAAAAUGGCAUAGUAUUCGUGGAGUACAAAUGUGUAUAAUGAUGAAAAUGAUUUCUCUUGCUGUUGAUUAUGAAUUUUUUGAGAAGCCUUCAACAUUAAAUACAAAUGAAUCAAUAAUAUAUCCAACAACAAUUGAAUUUUUUAGUUAUAUACUUUCAAUACACAAUAUAAUAUUUGGUCCAUGGGUUAAUUAUCGAAAUUAUAUUCGUCAUUUUCAUGAAAGUAAUCCAAUGAGAAAAAUUGAUUUUUUUGAAUUAGCUAAAUGGACAUAUUAUUUUCUUCGUGUGGCUAUUUGUCUUCUUGUAUCAACAUGUUUAACUGAUUGGUUUCUUCGAAAUAGUUUUUCAUAUAAUGAUGAACAAGACAAUAAUCAAAGUGGAUGGCGUAUCGCUUAUAUACAAGCAUUAUCUUAUCGGUUUAGUCAUUAUUGUGUUUGUUUUAUUGGCGAAUUAUGUGGUCAAAUUAGUGGACUUGAUUUUCAUGUUGACGAAUAUCGUAAUUAUGCAUAUAUUUGUCAACAAGCAAAAGAACGAAUUGAAACAGAAAGAAAAUCUCGUGAACAAGCAGAAUUAGAAGCAAUAGCUGCAACAUCAGAUUUUCAUACAGGAAAACGAAGACAUCGAAAUAAAAAAAAUAGCAAUAAACAAGAAGAACAAGAUAGUAUUACAUCAAUGACAAGUGAAGAACAUAAUGAUUCAAGUCAGAUAAGUACUGUUAUUGAAAAUGGAUCUUCUGCAACAGUUGAAUCUGAAUCUCCAAUUAACGACGAAUCAGACAUCUCACUAAAUCGAACUCUAGUCAAUCGACGUAACUCAAAAAAAUCUCUUUCACAUAAUUCAUUACCAAUAUUUAAACGUAAAACUUCCAUUCGAUCAAACAAUUCAAAUGCAUCAUCAUCUUCAAUAUCAACAAAACCAACAAUUUCUUCAUCAUUUUCAUUAACAAAUAAUACAAAUUCAUCAUCAAUUGUUAAACCAUCUCAUAUUGAAAUACCUCAUUCAUUAGUUGAUGUUGUUGUUAAUUGGAAUUUACCAAUGCAUUAUUGGUUAAAAAUCUAUGUCUAUAUUCCAAUAAAACAACAAUAUGGUCAUUUUUCAUCAAUUCUUAUAACUUACCUUGCAUCAGCACUUCUUCAUGGUUUCAAUUUUCAAUUAUCAAUUGUUUUAUUUUCAAUUGGUUUAUUUGCAUAUGUUGAAUAUGGUUUUCGACGUAAAUUAGCAAAUAUUCUCGAUGCAUGUGUUGCUGCACGUACAUGUCCAUUACGUUCAUCAUGUGAAAAACAUACAUAUACAUAUUGGCAUCCAUUGACAAUAAUUGUUAAUGUAUUUUUAUGUCUUCUCAGUUUGUGGCAUCUCACCUAUUUGGGACAAUUAUUUGAUGGAAGUUCACAAGAAACAAUUGGUUAUUCAUGGCAACAUGUUCUUGAUAAAUGGUCAAGGCUUAAUUUUGCUUCACAUCUGGUUGUUAUUGGUACUUAUGCUAUAUUUCGAUCAUUAUAA